UGGUCCGCGGUCCUGCAGGUGGUCGUCAGCUGACGCAGCGGAUUCCUGCUGUGAGUCUGCAGCUUCAGUUCCAUCUUCGCCUCGGAGCUUCCAAAGAGCGAGCCGCCAUGGGGAAGGAGAAGCUCCACAUUAAUAUCGUGGUCAUCGGGCAUGUGGACUCCGGGAAGUCCACCACCACCGGGCACCUGAUCUACAAGUGUGGAGGUAUCGACAAGAGGACCAUCGAGAAGUUCGAGAAGGAAGCUGCUGAGAUGGGAAAAGGUUCCUUCAAAUACGCCUGGGUUCUGGAUAAACUGAAGGCGGAGCGUGAGCGCGGCAUCACCAUCGACAUUUCUCUGUGGAAGUUCGAGACCAGCAAAUACUACGUGACCAUCAUCGACGCUCCGGGACACAGAGACUUCAUCAAGAACAUGAUCACCGGGACCUCUCAGGCCGACUGCGCCGUGCUUAUUGUGGCCGCCGGCGUCGGCGAGUUCGAGGCCGGCAUCUCCAAGAACGGGCAGACCCGCGAGCACGCCCUGCUGGCCUACACGCUGGGCGUGAAGCAGCUCAUCGUGGGCAUCAACAAGAUGGACUCCACCGAGCCCAACUACAGCCAGAAGCGCUACGAGGAGAUCGUGAAGGAGGUCAGCACCUACAUCAAGAAGAUCGGAUACAACCCGGACACCGUGGCCUUCGUGCCCAUCUCCGGCUGGAACGGAGACAACAUGCUGGAGCCCAGCCCCAACAUGACUUGGUUCAAAGGCUGGAAGAUCAACCGUAAAGACGGGAACGCCUCCGGCACCACCCUGCUGGAGGCUCUGGAUGCCAUCCAGCCCCCCACCCGUCCCACCGAUAAGCCGCUCCGCCUGCCUCUGCAGGACGUCUACAAGAUCGGAGGUAUCGGUACGGUCCCGGUGGGCCGAGUUGAAACCGGAGUCCUCAAGCCCGGCAUGGUGGUGACCUUUGCCCCCGUCAACGUGACCACGGAGGUGAAGUCGGUGGAGAUGCACCACGAGGCGCUGACCGAGGCUCUGCCCGGGGACAACGUCGGCUUCAACGUGAAGAACGUGUCGGUGAAGGACAUCCGCCGAGGCAACGUGGCCGGAGACAGCAGGAACGACCCCCCACAGGAGGCGGCCGGCUUCACCUCGCAGGUGAUCAUCCUGAACCACCCGGGGCAGAUCAGUGCCGGAUACGCCCCGGUGCUGGACUGCCACACCGCGCACAUCGCCUGCAAGUUCGCCGAGCUGAAGGAGAAGAUCGACCGGCGCUCCGGGAAGAAGCUGGAAGACAACCCCAAGUUCCUGAAGUCUGGAGACGCCGCCAUCGUGGACAUGAUCCCCGGCAAGCCCAUGUGUGUGGAGAGCUUCUCGGAGUAUCCCCCGCUGGGGCGCUUCGCCGUCCGUGACAUGCGUCAGACGGUGGCGGUGGGCGUGAUCAAAGGCGUGGAGAAGAAAGCCCCCACCAGCGGCAAGAUCACGAAGUCUGCACAGAAGGCGCAGAAGGCCAAAUGAACGUUGUGCUGGGCUGCUGGCCCAAACGCUCACCGUGGCCGAAGACCCUCCAACAGCCCACCCCUCCUGCACUCCAUAGUCAACAUCUGGUCUAUUAUCACAAUGCAUCGCAAAAGCAGACGAAGGAAAAAAAGAGA